AUGGACAACAAGAAAAUGUGGAAGAAGCGGGGAAGUAAGCGGAAGAAGGCCGCGUCCAACUUUGCUUUAACGCGCAGGUUGGCCACCUGCGCUCAGCCGCCUCGUGAGACGCUCGCCAUCGCGGCUCCACCUCAAGUGUCCGAGCCGCAGGAGGAUGCGCCAGCGAUCGGCGCCGCGGAUGGCGGGCACGCGAACCAGGUGCUCGUCAGGCUCGCGAGCGUGCACAUCACUCCACCGAGCUCUGGACCAGGCUUUUGUGCCAGGGCGGCGAAACGACGGCACGAGGGCCCAGCCCCGGGCAGCCCAGCCGCGGUCCCCGGGGCCCUCGUUGGAGGACCGACGCCGUUAGCCCUUGGGGGGUUGCGGGAGGAUGAAACGGAGCAGGAACAGCCCGCGCCUCCGCCUCCACCUCCACCUCCACCUCCGUUCUUCGGCGACCGCGUGAUAUGGGACCUGGGGUGCAUGGAGACCACCCUGGGGCAGCUCACGUGCCCAAACUGCAGCGACGCGCACUUGCUUUUUUCCCGCGAUGCUGAGGGCAAUUUGCUGGACCAGCAGCAGGGGCUGCGACACAAGUACAUUAUCGUGUGCGACCGCGCCGAAUGCGACUUCGCGUUGGACAUGGAGUCCUCGCGCGUGAUGCAGACGGGAAGACAGGGGCGCCCGCCCGCCGAGGUUAACGUCGCGGCUGUCGCUGCCGCGGAGAUGUCUGGGUUACGCCAGAAGGCCCUCGACUUGAUGUUCGUGGCCAUGGGGGUGCGGGGCAUCCACAACCGCCGGACUUACACCCGGCACUCGCGUCCUGUGCAGGACGCGAUGGUGCAGCUUGGCCACGCGCAGAUUAUCGAGAACAGGCGCAUUGUGCGCGCGUUCCUCGAAGAGCAGGGCGUGGAAGCGGACGAGCACAACCGGAUCCCCGUGACUGUCGCAGCCGAUGGGAAUUGGCCUGUUAGGGGUGCCUGCUCGGCGUGUGGUCACGGGUCCUUGAUCUUCCGUGACGACAUGCUCCAGGGGGGUAAGAACUUCGUCAUCGCGCAGGGCUUCAGGCACAAGCACUGCGCGGUCUGUAGUUAUUAUAAUUCCAACGAGCAUGCAAAGCUGCUGGAGCCCCCGCAACACGCUUGCAAGAAGAAUUGGGACGACACCUCCAAGGCGAUGGAGACGGACAUCCUCAUCAACUUGGUGGGUGAAGUCGGCCAGCACUGCGACAAGGCGCGCGAAGGUGGGGCCUUAGUGCCGCGCGACGAGACAUCGCUCCUACGGGUGGAGUACGUCGUGUGCGAUGAGGACUCGUCGUUCAUGGUGAGGAUAAUGGACCAAUUACCCGAGGACCUCAGGCCAGGGAAAUUGUCAGACGUUAACCACCUGGCCAAUAACUUCUUCAAGGCUCUGAUGAUGGUGAACCUCGAGGCCCACGUCUUCGGCGACCACAGCAUGUGCCACCUCUGCCCCACGAAGGACGCCAAUGGAGUCGAACAUCAGUGGUGCGCCAAUGCGCGUGGUGCGACUGAUCACCCUCAGCGAAUCCUUUUCGAGGAAGAGCCCGAGGUUUCCCGAGCGGAUCCCUCGGACAAGAAGAAACGCGUGAAGGUUAAGCUGCCUCUGCGGAAGCGUCUUCACGAGGUGAUCUCCAAGUUUGGCAGCUUGGAAGUCAUGGAAAAGGCGGUGCACGGGCUUUCAUCCAACCCGAACGAGUCCUUGCACGCCACGGGGACGCACAUGCUCGGCGGCAAGCAAAAGUUUCACGGGCAGAGUGAUUUCUUCGAGGCCACCAUGAGAGGGGCGGUGAUGAAAAAUGUGAGUGGGCAGGCUUUCCAGCUUGAUGUGGUGGAGAAGCUCGGAUUACCAGUGACCGACGCCAUGCACGCCCGCUAUGCCCAGAUCGACGCCGACCGCGCCGCCAAGCGCGAAUUUUUGUACGCCAACCCCAACGAGGCCUUGAAACGGCUGCGUCGAAAGGCGGAGCGGAAGCACGCGGCGUGGAGGGAUAAGGACUCCUACGGCAAGGGCGUGGCGCUGCAACACACACUAGGCACCUCCGCGGAUGACGACGCGGCGGAAGGUGGAGACGCGAGCGAGUCUGCGGAGAUCGUGGAGGAGGCUGAGGAGGAGUCCGAGGAUGAGGAUGAGCUCGUCUGCGAUUUCUGCCACGAAGGGAAGGACGCUGAAAAGGGGACAAUGCACCUGUGCGAGGGUGGCGACUGCGACCAGCUUUGGCACAGAGAUUGCCUCGUCCCCAAGCAGGAUUUCGAGGAGAUUAAGGACGAUGAAGAAAAUCAUUGA